AUGGCCGUCAUGCCUCCUCCCUGGGAAGCGCUGACGGCGGAAGAUGUUUCGCGGCGGCUUGCCGCACUUGCCGCGUCGGCGUCCUCCGUUUUGGAGGUUGGGCGAUGUUUCAGUCGAGAGGCUGUCUUCUCCACCGGCAGCGCGGCGAUCGACCGACUGCUACCAGACGGCGGUGUGGCGUGCGGAACGGUGUUAGAGAUAUUUGGCCCGCCCGCCGCAGGCAAGUCGCAUCUCGUGCAGCAAAUGGUGGCAGCCUUCGCGGCGCGGGGAAGCGUGCAGUGGACGGCGGCGAAAAGGAGCAGAACGGCGGUGGGAGGCAAUAGUGUCGACCGCCAGCAGCAGCAGCAGCAGCAGCAGCCCCAUGAGGAGGUGGAGGAGUCAAAAUGUGGGCCGUGUGACUGGUCUGUCUUUCUUCUUGUUUCGGACCCAUCGUCCGUCAGCCCGCAGCAUAUUCAUGAGCUUCUAAAGAAGGCCCUUGCGUCGGCAACGGCAAACAGCGUGCAGUGCGAUGGCGACGCGGAUAGCCUCCCGUCAGUGAUGCUGAAGAAAAUAAAAUUUGUACCUUUCAAAUCACCAAAUGAUUUGCUGGUGUUUUUUCGCUUUCUUAGCCGUGUGGAGUACUUCGAAUCGUGUCAUCAUGCAAACCGACGUCGCGUGCUGGUUGUGGUGGAUAACGUGGCGCGUCUCUGGGAACAUCCCACGUGUGGGGCGACAAAUCAUGCACGUCAUUGGAUGGCGGCUGCGCUUGUACGAGAAGUGCGCAACGCCAUUCUGAUUGGUAAUGGUUGGAGGGAUGUGGGAAGCGGCGAAGUGGAAAAGCGUGAGCGUCAUCAUCAUGCGCAUGACGCGAGUGUCAGUGGCCAGGAGAUUUCUGUUGAUUGCCGUGGGGGAAGUGUGGCAGUGGUUUUUGUAAAUGGGUGUACAAGCGUGUACCACAGAAAAUUAGCAACGGAAAGGACACUGCCGUCAAAGCCAUUGGGUGUUCCUGUGUGGCUGGCGGCGGCGGCUGAUGUUCGCCUCUUCGUGGAGCCCCUUUGUAAUGCGGAUUGGUUCCUGCAACAUGAUAGGAGCAGUGGCGACGUCUGUGGCACGCAACAGAGUGAGCACGCCGCGAGGGCAACAAUGCGCGUCCGCCUCGUAAAGGGUGGUCGUACUGUUGGCGGUGAAGUAACGGCGGUGUGA